AUGGAUGAGCCCUUCUAUGUAAAUAUAUUGCAAACCCAGCUCCGACCAGCUGCUCUCAAGUAUGGCAGAAACUGGCGCUUGCAACAAAAUAAUGAUCCAAGCACACCUUGCGUGUUGCCAAGGAUUUCAUUGUCGAGAAUGGGUCCUUCAGAAGGCGUUUUCGUCAGUGAAGAUUCAAUUACCAAAGAAGUUGUUAGACGAAAGCAGGGUCUUCCUUUUCCGAUUGCCUCAAACGUAUCCCAGCAAGAAUACAAUUCUUUCAUUGAAAACAAAGAGAUAAGCGGAUACAAGCUUGAUUAUAGGAAAGGGACCGUAUACAUAGUUGAAAUGGCGUCGACCGAACAUGAAGCCGUUAUUGAGGUUGUUGGAAACGCCUUCCGUAAACUGUGUCUUCCUCUUGGUCAGCCACUUCAUGACGCACAAGAUGGAAUUUGCAGAGCACCAGAUCUUGCUGUUUAUCCACAUCUGUCUCUCACCCUGGUCCACCACCCAGCGACAUAA